AUGAAGUCGUCCAUGUCCUCUAGGGUCGGCUUUCCUUCCAAGCGGGCCAGCCAGGCCGAAGAAGAUGUCGAUUGUCCUUGCAGCCCAACGUCAUCCUCGGGGCCAUCGUUCCAUCAAGACACGCAGCCAUCGCCCCAAAGCGAGGGUGCGCAGUCCGCCAGCAAAGCUCCCGCGUCAUUGGCAGGGGAAGAACAGCAUGGUCAUGAAGACAGAUUGAGUCAGCGGAUGAGUAUUCCGCCUUGCACAAGCAAAGAGGAGCGGAUCGCGCUCUCUACUGCUAUGCCUCAUCCGCCAGUGACCAAGGAGACUCUAGAAGAGUUGGGACUUGCGUACAUUCAAUCUAAUAUAAGCUUACGCAUUGAUAUCAACUAUGAUCACGACCUUCAGUUCACGCAUGAUGAUGGGAUAAAAGGGGAGCAGAAACAGCAGGAAGCCAGGAAAUACUGGCAGAGUCUCGAGGCAGAACUCAGGAUAAUGUACCAACACAACCUCUAUCCCUCGUGUGCUGAGUGCAACGAUCUGGGCUCGUCCAACCCAACCGAAUCUACUUUCUUCAAACCAAGGUUGCCGGAGAUGUUCUUAAACCUCAAGGAAUUGCUCACCAUGUUGAUUCCGGACGGUGAGCAAGGUCAGCUUGUCCAAUACCUCGACAUCCCUUUACUACUCCAAGAGUUACGCCAUGGCCUGAUGGACAUUGUCCGUCUAUCGGGCUGGAUUUGCCAACUUCUGACCAGUCACUGUGCCCCUAUUAGGGAUCAUGAUGCUCAGGAUAUGGCCAACCACAUAAGAGAAGGGGCGGAGCGAUGCAAUGUUCACACUCUAGUCCUUGGUAUUGAGAAGCUGUUCGCCUUGUUGGAGGCGAUGCAAUUGGACGUCGCCAACCAUCAAGUUAGGAAUCUUCGUGGGUCUUUCAUCGAUGAUACAGUCGCCUUCCAACAACUGUAUUUCCAGGCUCGCAUCAGCAACGGGGUUCUGAUUGUGGAUGACUCCCGCAAAUGGUACCGCAACGCCGCUGCAAGCCAUCAGAAGCUCUGCCAUGUAGUUGGCGGGAUGUCCGACGCUUCCACACCUGUGGCGUUGAUUCAUGGGCUCAUUGGGGUUUGCUUCUCGCAGAAUACUCCCAUCCCAGACACUUUAAGUCACGACACAUCCCGCUUACGGACGAUAAGCGCUCAAUUCCUAGACCUUGUCUAUGUCGACAUCAGUCUCUGGGUCUUCGACCAUCUUCUUUAUCGACUGGCUGGCCCAGCUUGCAACCCAUCUCUAAUUCAUGGGGUUCUGCGCAUGAGGCUCAUGAUCCUGACAGAUAGUGACGCAGCAUCUGGCCUUACAACACCCGAAGUUUGGAACCGGCACGCCUACGCAGUUGCCUUGGAACUUACGCGCGCCGCAUUUCAAUACUGUCAAAUUGCAGAGUCCACCCCUCCUGAAGCCGAAGCUGCAAGGACGGCAGAGCAAUUGACGGCUAUGUACCACUUUGAAAGCCAAAACAGCGCUCGGACCCGAGCAAUCGCCAGAGCCCUUGAGCAAACAGUUCAUGACUAUGCGAAAGUAUAUCAAGGAAUGACGGCACAGGCCAUCUCUCUCACACAGAGGAGAUUGCACCUGCGUCAUGCAACGUCGCAAGUAUAUCGCUAUCUACCAGACCUACGCGACUUGGCGAGCCGACUGGCGCAUAUUGCGGUGAUACAUUGGAGGGUGUGGGCGGACCUGGCUUAUUUGGUAGAGUACGAAGAGGACGAGGAGAGUGACGACAGUGAUAGCAGUGAAGACGGCGCAGAAUCUGUACAACAAGAAGAUGGUCUUUGA